UCUUGUGCCGAAGUUCACGUUUGUAUGGAUCUGCACGCCAGAUGUUUGAUGGUUUAUCUUGCUCUUUAUUGAGUUAGUUUCAGCAGGAAUAGCACCAAGUUGGCUUUUCAUUGUUUGUUUUUUUAUAGCUUGAUACAGCUAGAAGGCUAAAAAAUAUGACUUUCUUGCUAGUAACGUUAGAGAAGGCAGAUUGGUAAAAACAUUUGAUCGGGGAUGUUCUUAUUUCUUAAGGUUCUGGUAGCUGGGUCUCCAUCUCCAUUAAAUACUUUUGUUUUUCACAUAUUCUCUGCCUCUCCCUAUGUUCAUUUUAGCCACUUCAUAGCCAUCCCAAGUACUUGUCCAGUAUUUCCAUUUGAUCCCCGAAUCAAUUAAAACAGUUACCGGUUUUGUUACUCCUCCGUCAUGUCUGUUAUCAUAUACUUCUUUCUAUUAAUACUGGUCCCUCAUUCCAUUGCUCUGUCUUUCGACUAUCCAAGUCUUGAGUCUAGUAAUCCUGAAAUAAGGUGCGAAGGUGGUGCUACUGUUGUAGAAUCAGCCAUCCAACUCACACCAAACCAAGUUUUGACUACAGGACAUGCUAGAGUUGUAGAACCCAUGCAUCUCUGGGACAAGGACACCGGAAGUCUCGCAGACUUCACAACCAACUUCUCCUUCACCAUCGAUUCCUUGAACAAUGAGUCAAACGCUGAUGGAAUGGCUUUCUUUAUCGCUUCCCUUAAUUACCGUAUGCCUGUGGAUGCAGAUGGUUCUGGCAUUGGUCUUGUGAGCGGGAACGAGAAAUUCAACUCAUCUGCUAAUCCAUUUGUUGCGGUGGAAUUUGACACCUUUCAUAAUAUAUGGGAUCAAGAUAAUGAUCAUGUGGGUAUAAAUAUCAACUCUAUAAGGUCCAUGGACAGCGAGACAUGGUAUAGUAGUCCUAUGGAUGGGAAAUUAAUGCAUGCUUGGAUAACUUACAAUUCUACUAUUAAAAAUCUAAGUGUUGUCUUCACUGGAAAUAAAGAUGGUGUGUUCUUACAGCAGGAGCUUUCUUAUAAAAUUGAUCUUAGAGAUCACCUGCCAGAGUGGGUUAAUGUUGGCUUCGCUGCUGCAACAGGGAGGUUCUCUGAACUUCACCUUCUUCACUCUUGGCACUUCAGCUCAAAUUUGCAAAUCAACACUCCUUCACCUCCAGCAACUGCCAUGCCUAGCAUCAGUCCCGGUGAAAGAGCUAACUGCAAAAAAUGGUAUUACAUUGGUGGUGCUGCUCUAUUGGUGGUUGUUUUAAUUUUGUUUCUUUGCAUCUGCAAGAAUAGAAAUGGAAGAAGAUUUCAUAUCAAGAAUUGGUUCUUCCAACGGAUUAAUAACUUGAAGAGGGAAGAGAGAUCAGCUGCUGAUUCUUCGAGGGAUGCUGAAUUUCAAAAGCUUGCCGGUGCUCAGAGGAUUGCAUAUUCAGAAUUGGCUCAUGCCACCAAUAACUUUGCAGCAGAAAGGAAGCUUGGGGAGGGAGUAUCUGGUGUUGUAUAUAGAGGCUCUUUGAAUGGUGAGGAUAUUGCGGUUAAAAAGUUUAAAAGAAAUUCAGGGCAGGAAAUUAUAGAUUAUGAAUCUGAAGCCAAGGUAAUUAGCCAGUUGAGGCAUAGACAUUUGGUGAAACUUAUUGGCUGGUGUCACGAAAAUGAUGAAUACUUGCUUGCUUAUGAGUUCAUACCUAAUGGUACUCUUGAAUCACAUCUUUUCAAUAGGCCAAGCAUCUUAUCAUGCGAAAACAGAUACAAGAUCUGUAGAGAAAUAGCCUCUUCUAUACAUUACUUACAUGAAGAAUAUGAACAAUGCGUGUUGCAUAGAGAUGUUAAGCUAAGCAACAUAAUGUUGACAGCAGAUCUAGAAGCAAAGUUGGGAGACUUUGGUUUGGCCAGAUUUGAUGGAGAUGAAAGUGGCUCAAGAAAUACGGCACUUGCUGGCACCUUAGGAUAUAUGGCUCCUGAAUAUUUCCAAACGGGCACAGCCACCAAGGGCUCGGAUGUCUUCAGCUUCGGAGUUGUGGUCUUGGAGAUUGCUUGCAGAAAAAGGCCGAUCAUACCGCUUACUGACGGAAGACAGGUUCCCAUAAGAGAAUGGGUUUCAGAAUUGAAACAAAACGGGCGGCUUCUGGAAGCAGCUGAUGAUCGUCUAAGAAGAAAUUUUGAUGAGGACCAAAUGAGACGGUUGUUGGAUGUGGGUCUCAGAUGUGCAAAUCCAGACUACGCUUCUCGACCAUCAAUAAGAGAAGCACUUGAAUCGCUGCCACCCUUCUCGUCUACUUUAUUCUGGUCUGCACUUUCGGGUAUGAUCCAUAAUUUUACUGCAAAAUUUGGAGGAAGCCAAAGCAGAAAUCCAGGUCGUCAUCGUGAUGAUUCAUCCCAGUUUGCCUCUUCAGCCUCCCUUGCCCGCUAUGCUUCUUGAAUCCUAUGAUUGUCGGCAUGAUGAUUUAUUUUCUCUAUGUUUUCUGCAUUGUAAUGGCUUGGAACUUUAUCUUCCUUUUUUUAAAAAAAAAAAAAUUCCACUGUUGAUAAACUCCUUUAUUAUUGGUCUCUUAAA